UCGUCUUCUAGAUGGUUAUCAAGACAUUCAAAAGAUCCAUACGUUCUCAAACGUUCCUCUUCCGAUGAGAAUUAUCGAUCAAGAUCUUCUUUCAAACUUCUCUCCCUGAUCACUCGCUAUCCUCUCUUCGGUCAAGGAUCUAAUGUGGUAGAUCUUGGUGCUGCUCCUGGUGGAUGGUCACAAGUGGCGGUCAAGUAUGUAUUCAACAAGCAGAAGCAGGAUCAGAAAGUGGCCGAUAAUAAAGUGGAACAACACAAUGUGAUGAGAGAGAAAGAAAGAAGAAAAAGAGGAAGUGUAUUCGCGCUUGAUAUACUACCUAUGGAACCUAUACCUGAUGUGGACAUCAUCACUGGAGAUUUUCUAGAUGAUAAUGAUAUCGAGCUAGGUGAGAUAGGAAAUGUGGAAGAGAAAGAUGAACUAUUGUUGGAUUGCGUGUUGAGCGAUAUGAUGGCUCCUAUGUCUGGUAUCAGGAUAAGAGAUAUACAAGCUAGUUUGGAUUUAGUACGAGGUGCCACUCAAUUCGCCAAGACAAAGAGAAAGCUGAUGGACAGUAUGAAAUUCUUUUCUCAUCCAGAUUUAGACGAUUUCAAACGACAAGAACUCAUACCUUUCUUUGAUAAAGUUUUCGUGGAUAAACCUAAAGAGAGUAGAAAAGAAUCGAGUGAAGCUUAUUUCGUUUGCAUGGGUUAUAAAGGA